AGCGCACAACCAACUUUUAUCACUUCAUUUGCUCUCCCCACUUCCCACUCUGCUCCGCCUCAACCUUCAACCCUCUCAUCUUCUUCACCAUCCAUCUCUCUCUCUCUCUCUCUCUCAUCCACCAAUUAAGUACCUUUUCACACUUUCUUUCCCUUCACUGCUCCAAUCAACCACAGAAAAGUUUUUCUUUUCUUUUUAAGAAAAUAAAGACAAAAACAGAGUAACCUACUCCCCAUUUCUGAUUUGUAUUAUUCUCACUCUGUUCCACACCCAAUGGCAGAGAUUCAGCCGCCGGAGGCUCAGAUUAAUGGCGGCGCCGGAACCCUAAUUUUGAAUUCCUGCGAGCCUCUCGCCUCCAAGCGCCAGAGGAGGCCCAGUGUUCGAUUGGGCGACAUCGGCGGCGACCACCACUAUGAAUCCCACCACCGCCGCGCCAGCACCACCAAGCAAUGGAAGCUCCCCUCCUUCGACCACCACCGCAAGGACCACCCAACCGCCUCCGCCGCCUCUUCAGGUAAACCCUCUAAGACCCGACCUUUAACCAAUUUGAGCACUUCCUCUGCUGCCGCCGGAGAGUUCGACGAAACCCUAGAGGGCGACGACAGGGAAGGGAACCAUAAUAACAUCGAUGGUGUCGCAAUUGGUAGCUGGAAAGUGAAGGAAUCCAAGAAAAGGGGUUCCAAGAGGGUCAGAUCGAAUUGGAUUCCAAGAAUAGACGAAGGUGGCGGUGGCGCUGGCACCGGAGGUGAGGAGGAAGAGAAGUACAGUGGGGGCGACGAGGGGGAUGAUGGGUGUCGGGAAUUUGAUUUUGAAAAUUCUGAAAGCCCUACGAAGGAUCAGAGCCCUGUGAAUUCAAUGGAGAAUUUUGGGGUUGAUGGGAACAGGAGGUCCUUCAAGGGUAGGGAUCACCAUAAUAAUCAAGAUGGAAUUGAGUUAUCUGGGCCCUCAGAUACUAAUGGAAGGGAUUGGAGAGGGGCUAGUUUUGAUAGGAAUGGGAAUGGUGGGAGGGCGAGGUUUGGUGAAGAUGGUGUUAGGGUUUGGCUUAAUGGGUUAGGAUUGGGUCGUUAUGCACCUGUGUUUGAAGUUCAUGAGGUCGAUGAUGAGGUUCUUCCAAUGUUGACACUUGAGGAUCUCAAAGACAUGGGGAUUAGUGCUGUUGGCUCAAGAAGGAAAAUGUACUGUGCAAUUCAGAAGCUUGGAAAAGGAUUCUCCUGAGAUCGAACAUUUUUUUUGGGGGGGGGGGGGGGGGGGUGUUAGUGCUCAGUUUGAGAAUUCUGAUUCUCAUUCAUAGCAAAAUUAGCUUUCUUUUUUUUUUCUGUUUUUUUUAGGCAUGGAACCAUUUAGGUCCCUCACAUGUUUUUAUUUGAGAAACAUCCUUUUUGUUUUUUAGUCCAAGUACAUAUAUGAUAUAACACUGCUACGAAUUUUGUUGCUGUAAAAUUCAUUGAUGACUCGGGAAGAGUGAUAUUACGAGCAAAAAGAAACAUUCGUUUCAUGCAUAAUAAUACUGAAGGUUUCCUCUCUAAACAAAAGGGAAAUUUCGUAUAAUCUGUUUAGUUUUGACUUUUGUGUGGGUAUCAUAAUAUAAGGUGUGUUUGUUUUCUUUUGAAGAACUUUUCAUUCCACAAACACCGAAAUGCUAGGAAUAUUGAA